AAUUGUAAGCUCGCCCAUUUCCUUCAGUCCAAUUAUCUUUCAGAGGCGCUCAUGCGAAUUUAGAGGGGAAAUUAAUCUAGGGUUUUACGUCUCUGCGGCUCUCAACGCCCCCCCUGGAAGCUCCUCCUUUCAAUCUCUCGUCUCUGCAACCAUGAUCAUACCGAAGAAGAACCGCUAUGAAAUCAGCAAGUACCUCUUCCAAGAGGGAGUUUUAUACGCGAAGAAGGAUUACAACUUAGCAAAACACCCGGACAUCGACGUCCCCAAUCUACAGGUAAUCAAGCUGAUGCAGAGCUUUAAGUCGAAGGAGUAUGUGAGGGAAACAUUCGCUUGGAUGCAUUACUACUGGUAUCUUACCAACGACGGCAUCGAGUAUCUGAGGUCGUUUCUUAAUCUCCCAUCGGAGAUUGUUCCUGCGACUUUGAAGAAAUCGGCGAAGCCCCCAUCACGUCCUUUUGGAUCUGGACCUCCCGGUGAUCGGCCGAGGGGACCGCCUAGGUUUGAUGGGGAUAGGCCGAGGUUUGGUGAUAGGGAUGGAUAUCGUGGAGGGCCUCGUGGUGGUGAUGUUGGUGGUGGGGAUAAGGGCGGUGCUCCGCCGGAGUACCAGCCAUUUUUCAGGGGUGGAGGUGGCAGCAGGCCUGCGUUUGGCCGCGGCGGCGGCGGCGCACCCACUUCAUCUCCUCUCGAGUAGAAAGUUUUCUAUUUUGUUUUUGGAAGUUAUGAGAUCUUCUUUUUUUU